AUGGCAUCACAUCGUCUUUUAAUGGUACUAGCGUUGAUUUCUGUUACCAUUCAUCUGAAGGCAAGUAAACCAAUCUCAUCUAGUGAAAUUAUUACGAAAAAACGACGUACAAAUCUUGAUUAUUUUGCUUUAUUGGACGAAGAUGAUAAUGAAGAAGAUUUUAUUUACAAUAGGUCACCUGAUUAUGAAGUACAAACACUAAGGAAUUAUUGGAUUAAACGACUUUAUGAAUUUUUACUAUUCAAUCUACAGAACAACAAUCCAGAUAGUGCUCAUUAUGAAGAUAAACCAAAUCAAAAGUCUCAUAACGUCUAG